GCUGGAAGCGGUAGGGAUGUAGUUGGCGGCGAUGAAGCCCGGACGUUAAGUGAAGAGUGUCGGUUUAAUUGGACCGUGGCUGGGUUGUAACGCGGUGAGCGUGCAGUGCGGGUUGAGGUUGGGUUGUAGUGGGCAGUCCGGUGCAACAGUGGGCAGGGCCGGGUUGGAGUGGGCAGUGCCGGGGUGUCGGUGGGCAGGGGACGGGGUCGCCAUAACAGGUGGUUCGUGUCUACAGAUCCACACCACGCGUUCAGCGCCGCGCACGACCCGUGGAGUUUGGGGGGCCGGGGGUAUAAGGAUAACGAGGAGGAAGGGUGCAGAAGAAGAAGAAGGCGGUGGUGGUGCUGGGAGACGAGAGGCCAUGGCGGAUCCUGCGCUGCGGCAACGGCGGCCCGUCUACAACGGCACCGGAGGUGCCCAUGAGGGAGGCGCGUCCCGUGCAGGUGGUGCGGGCCUGCUCGGACCACUCCUUUGAGCUGGACGAGGAGGCGCUGGGGCGCGUGCUCCUGGACGAGCGCGUGCGUGACAAGGACGUGGUGGUCGUCUCGGUGGCCGGAGCCUUUCGCAAGGGAAAGUCUUUCCUGCUCGACUUCAUGCUUAGGUACAUGUACAACAAGACGAGUUCCUGGCUCGGAGGGAACGACGAGCCACUCACCGGCUUCACCUGGCGCGGCGGCUGUGAGCGUGAGACGACGGGGAUACAGAUGUGGAGUGACGUCUUCCUUGUCGACAAGCCUGACGGCAGCCAGGUGGCCGUGCUACUGAUGGACACUCAGGGCGCGUUUGACAGCCAGUCGACCAUCAAGGACUGCGCCACUGUGUUCGCCCUCAGCACCAUGACCAGCUCUGUGCAGGUUUACAACUUAACGCAAAACAUCCAAGAGGACGAUUUACAACAUUUACAGUUGUUUACUGAAUAUGGACGUCUUGCGAUGGAUCAAGUCAUCAACAAACCCUUCCAGUCGCUCAUGUUUCUCGUAAGAGACUGGAGCUUCCCGUACGAGUAUCCAUAUGGCCACGAGGGCGGAAAUAAGUUCCUUGAAAAACGGCUGAAGUUAUCGGAGAACCAGCACGAGGAGGUGCAGAACGUGAGGAAGCACAUCCACUCGUGCUUCUCUAAGGUCAGCUGCUUCCUCAUGCCUCACCCUGGCCUCAAGGUGGCUACCAACCCAAACUUCGAUGGCCGCCUAAAAGACAUUGACAGCGAGUUCAAGCAGAACCUGCAGAACCUGGUGCCUCUGCUGCUGGCCUCACAAAACCUGGCUGUCAAGGAGAUCAACGGCUCCAGGAUCACGUGCCGUGCACUCGUGCAGUACUUCAAGACGUACAUGAAGAUUUAUCAGGGAGAGGAGCUUCCACAUCCAAAGUCUAUGCUGCAGGCCACCGCAGAAGCCAAUAACCUCACAGCUGUUGCCACUGCAAAGGACAUGUACAAUCGGGAGAUGGAGAAGGUUUGUGGAGGUAACCAGCCAUUCCUGGCACCAUCAGACCUGGAGCAGAGGCACCACAAUCUCCUGGAAGGCUGCAUCAAGCAGUUCCGCUCCACCAAGAAAAUGGGCGGUGAGGAGUACAGCAGGAAAUACGAGGAGCAGCUUGAGUGCGAGAUUCAGGAGACCUUUGGGAACUUUUCCAAGCACAACGACAGCAAAAACAUCUUCAAGGCCGCGCGCACGCCCGCCACGUUCUUUUCCGUCGUGGUGGCCAUGUACGUGGCGUCUGGCGUGCUGGGAUUCGUGGGGCUGUCGGCCCUCGCCAGCCUCUGCAACCUGGUGCUGACGAUGUCGCUGCUGCUGCUGUGCACGUGGUCGUACGUGCGCUACUCGGGAGAGUAUCGCGAUGUCGGAGCUGUCAUUGACGAGCUCGCCAACGUUCUCUGGGAACAGGUGAUAAAGCCGCUUUCAGAGUCUCUGCUGGAGGACACGAUGCGCCAGACAGUGAAAAACUCCAUCAGGGCCGGACUGACUGACUCAGCUCGGGGUUCAGACAGACGCUAGGGCCACCGGGACACGUCCUCGUGCCAACACGGUGCCUCUAGCCCGUUGCUUGUGUCAGAUCGUGGAGGCCAUCGGGGGGGUGGGGGGGGUGGCCAAAGUCACCACACGUCACACAGGCUGUUCCCCUAUGUGCCCUGCUUAAAAUCAUUGUUCAUAAUUCACUGUGCCUCUACCUUUGCAAUAAAAAUUGUCGGACGUCGUAACUAAAUAUUUAUUCUAUGUGGUCAAGAGACGAAAGAUGGGCAAGGUAAUUCACACUUAAGCGUGCUACUUAAAAUUAUCUCCAUGUAAUCAGCUCAUGCCAGUGCAGUUGCACACCAGCAAAGGGCUUGAGCGCAUAAUCACCGAGCACCGAACAAAGUCGUGGUGAGCGUUCAUUCAAACGUAAAACUAGUGUUCACAAGGGAAAAAAAACAAGUUAUCAGCCUAUGCACAAGAAUACGCCACAAUCUGUAUCAUCAGCAACGAGUUUUGUGCAGUAGCGGCAUUGGUCACGAGGCCAAGCAUGUUUAUUUUAGAAUCAUAAACUGAGUGUAGUCUCACACGAGUGUCACGUUGUGAAUAACUUGGCUCCUUCUACGUGUUUAUACUGUGUUCCUGGAAUUGUCAAUCCCCGCUCGGGAACGGGCAGUUCUCUUCACUUGUAGGGUAAGGAACAUUGAGCUGGGCUUUGCUUAAUUCACUAAAUGCAACGAUUGCACUCUCUGUAAUUGCAUUGUCAGAACUUAUCACUAUUUUGCGUGGAUAAUUAAUACGUAUAUUUUGCACAAUUUACCCACAAUCCUUUAUGUAUUCACAAGCCUAGAAAUGUAAUGUGUAAAUUAUGUUAAAUUACAGGAUUGCGAAACUUUACAAUUUACCAAAAUAUUGGAGCGUAUUCUACAAUGUAGGCUGAUGAGAUCGUCAGACUAAGUGUUAUAUUCUGUCCGCAAUACACGAAUGUAGCAUAUGGUAGCUUGUGUUUACAGCAGUACAGUUGACUGCCUCGCAACAGAGCCGUGACCGCUGAGAAUGUACAUGGAUUUGUCCGGGUGCUUUACCUGUGAUCUCUUGAAUGCAACAGGCCCAUACAUUUUCUUGACAUGUUGGAACAUUUAAAACCGUUUGAACAUUGAUAUUUACCAUAUGUUGAUACAUAACUACAACGCUCUAUACCAACCGGCGCAGCAACCACUGCCUGUCCCCACUGGAGAUUUGUGAAUGUACUCUACUGGUGCCACUUCCAGUCACGUUAGGUGACUGGAUUAGACCCUCGAGCCAAUUCACUUGUCCUCUUCAGUUUCAGAUAUCUUCAUCAUCAGCCAUGUUCAGUUCACUGCUGGCUGAAGGCCUCUCCAAGCCGUUGCAAACUCUCAACGAUUCCACGAUGCAAAUAAUUCACCCAGCACCUGCAUACGAACUAACCUAAUCGUUGCAGCUCCUCUGUCAAUGACCUGUGGGAUACGCUCAGAGUAAAAUUGAGCCUGUUUUUACACACGCAGCUAAAAUCUGGAACCCUACCGUCGCAGGCAAACCCAUCAAUGGUGCUGAACUACUUGCUUGAGAGCAGAUGUUUUUCAUGAAUACCCAGACAUGGCCCAAAAUGUAAUCUCCGCUUCCACCCCUCGUUUAAUUUGGUGAGCAAGAGACUCGCAAAGUUCCCGUUUUUGUUCAAUUGCCACGCCAUUUCAUUUUUGCGAGGCAAUUGGAUUAACGUAGCACAGGGUCAUUGCACGUCUGCUGUACGUGGUUGCGUAGCAGAUGAAAAAUUAACUCUUCCAUUUGUACUGACCACUUAAGACGCCCUGAUUAGGUCUCGCGUGAUCUUUCCCUUGGUGCUUUCAGAAGCCCCGUGGCUAUGGAUGGGUUCUGAGAUUACAGAUGGAUGGUUGGGUGAUGGCAAGAGGCUUGAGAGGCCCAGAGAAGCCUUAUGAGGGCUAGCUUUUGUGUAAUGAGAAACUGUUGAUCUUGCAGGUCGCAUGCAGACUUGAUUUCAUUGAUCCAAAUAUUGACUGAGCAGUCCAUAGACAUUUCUUGGUUGGCUUAACCUGAUGACAUUAUCGUGGAUUAGUAUUGUUUAGGAGCAGUGUUGCUAAUACGAAGUGUUGCAUAUGUUCAAUACUUGUGCCCUUUUUAUUUUUCCAUUGAUGAAUACAUGGGAAUUGAUAUUUAACGAUUGAAUGCCUAAAUAGCGAGUGAUCCAAAUACAUAUCUUUACUUGUGAAAUGCAAAUGUACACUAUUUAUGCUUAGUUUUUUUGCCGAGGUUAAAUAUCACUCAUUGUAAACCAAAGUUUGUAAAUUCCGCGGUUGGGCAUUGCCUCAAGGUGCUCGCCUUCGGUUGUUGCCCGGGAUGUGUUUGUGAGAUGUUUUUUUGCAUGCACUGUGUGUAUAUUCCGCGUGUGACUUGGCUGGCCGGUGUUUACUGACGCGUGAUGGGGAAGGCUGACGAAUCAGCAGAGAAGUCUGUUCGGUUUCAAAUGGGAAACAUUAAAAAAAUCAUUAAUUUUGAA